GAUAUUUGAUUACCAGAGCUCACACCGUAGUAUUCUAGUAGUCUCGCAGAGCUCGGCUACAGACAAACAUGUUCACGUCCUUGCUGGUGCUGACGGUAAUAUCCCUGGCGGAAUCCAGACCUGGAGUUUACUACUCAGGAGGGAAAUAUCCAACCCACUACCCAGAGAAAUACCCAACUUACUCCCCAGGAAGGUUCAAGACUCCGGUCUAUCCUCCCUCCUACUCCAUAAACAGUAUACAGUUCCCUGUAUACAAAAAACCGAUUUACACCCCGUUCUAUUAUCCAUCUAGUCCCUACGAAGGAGUUUGUAGAAAUGUAUACGGAGCUACUGUUCCUUGUGCAUUUCCAUCCCAGACCACUUACACAGACAAUUUCGAGGAAGAAAUACCUAUAAUAGAAAUUGCUCUUAAAAAUGAUACUCCUGUAGAAGAAACUUCUGUGGAAGAAACUCCUGUAGAAAAAACUCCUAUGGAGGAAACUCCUGUUGAAGAAACUCCUGUGGAGAAAAUUCCUUUGGAGGAAUCUCCUGCGGCGGAAACUCCUGAGGAAGAAACUCUUGUGGAGGAAACUCCUGUUGAAGAAACUCCUGUGGAGGAAACUCCUUUGGAGAAAAUUCCUGUGGAGGAAACUCCUGUGGAGGAAAUUCCUGUGGAGGAAACUCCUAAGGAAGAAACUCCUGUGGAGGAAACUCCUGAGGAAAAAACUCCAGUGGAAGAAACUUUUGAGGAUGAAACUCUGGAGGAAGAAACGUCUGGGGAAAAUGCAAAAGUAGCUGCUCUUGAUGAACCCACUGCAACAGAAGCUGAUCCUGAGGAACCCACUGCAACAGAAGCUGAUCCUGAGGAACCCACUGCAACAGAAGCUGAUCCAGAGGAACCCACUGCAACAGAAGCCGCUCCUGAGGAACCUGCUUUAAAAGAAGCCGCUCCUGAGGAACCUACAGCAACAGAAGCCGCUCCUGAGGAACCUACUGCAACAGAAGCCGCUCCUGAGGAACCCACUGCAACAGAAGUCGCUCCUGAGGAACCUGCUGUAACAGAAGCCGCUCCUGAGGAACCUACUGCAACAGAAGCCGCUCCUGAGGAACCUACUGCAACAGAAGCCGCUCCUGAGGAACCUGCUGUAACAGAAGCUGUCCCUGAGGAACCUGCUGCAUCAGAAGCUGCUUUUGAGGAACCUACUGAAACAGAAGCUGCUCCUGAGGAGCCCACAGUAACAGAAGCUACUCCAGAGGAACCUACUGCAACAGAAGCUGCUCCUGAGGAGCCCACAGUAACAGAAGCUACUCCAAAGGAAUCUGCUGUAACAGAAGCGGCUCCUGAGGAACUCACUCAAACAGAAACUACUCCUAAGGAACCCACUGCAAAAGAAGCUGCUCCUAAGGAACCUGCUGUAACAGAAGCUUUUCCCGUGAAACCUGCCGUAAUAGAAGCUGCUCCUGUGGAACCUGCUGUAACAAAAGCUUCUCCUAAGGAACCUGCUGUAACAGAAGCCGCUCUUGAGGAGCCCACUGCAACAGAAGCUCCUCCAAAGGAACCUAAUGUAACAGAAGCUGCUCCUAAGGAACCUGCUGCAACAGAAGCUGCUCCUAAGGAACCUUCUGUAACAAACGCUGUUCCUCAGGAACCUACUGAAACAGAAGCUGCCCCUGAGGAACCUGCUGCAACACAAGCUGCUCCUGAGGAACCUUCUGUAACAGACGCUGUUCCUGAGGAGCCUACUGCAACAGAAGCUCCUCCUGAGGAACCUGCUGCAAUAGAAGCUGCUACAGAAGCUUCUUCUAAAGAAGUUAUUACAACAGAAGAGUCCAAAGAAGAAUCUGAAAGUGCUGGAAGUGGGGAGGAGAUAAUUUUCCCGAAUGAAGCCUUGAUAGGACUGCAACUGUGAGCUAUGCAGAUGAUGGUUUCAAAAUGAUUGCUGAAACAAACUUAAGAUAACACUAGAAGCUGAAAGCUUAAAGUUAGAAAGAAGUUAACAGGGAUCAUCAAAAAAUCCUAAAAUUUAAUAUCUAUACAAUCAUAUACAAAUUCAUGUUUACAUUAAAUAAAUAGUAUAUAUA